UAACCUCUAUUUGAUAUUAUAUGCAUAUUUUUUUUUAUCAAUAUAUUAUUAUCACUAUAUACAUUAUGCUUUGUGUUUUAAAAAAUUUUUUAAAUUGUAAUAUCAAUAUUAUAUGAUAAAACGAUAUGUCUAAAUAAAGUGCCUAAAUAAAAUAUUUAUUCACAUACAGAAUGUAAGCAAAUAUUUUUACUGUUUAACUGCUUCGUAUGUCCAAAAUUUGUUCUAGAUCUCUAAUCAAAGUAACAUUUGCUUACAAGUUUAUAUGUUACGGCUUAAGCAAUAGUUUACAUUUCAUGGUGGUUCUGUGUAUUAAAGAAACAGUUAGUGGUAUGCUAUAAUUCAUUUUUUCUUGGACUGAAACAUUCAGUAUUUUACGCGUGAAGCUUGAAUAUCCUAUAUAAGAAAUAGUGUUGUUUACAUAUAUAAUUUAUAAAAAUAUAUUCGUAAAAUUGUACUGUGUGAAUAUAUAUAUUUAAUAAUAGGAUUGUAAAGAUUUGUAUAUUAUAAAAAAAUAAACGAAACAGUUCCGAAAAGCGAAAUAUAAAUUGGUUACAUCAAUUGUAUGUAUAUAAUUGUGUUAACCGUAUCAGUUUGAAAGAUGUUUCUAAAGGAUAAAAUUUCGAAUAGUGCUCUAAAAAUUCAAAAAAUUAACGAUUUUUUUAUAUUAUUUCGAUAAUUGAUUAAUUAAAAUUCUUCUGAAUAUUCGUAUUGGUAUUUUAAAAUAGGAAGUAAUCAGCCGCUUUAUCAACAUGGGAUUUCAGAAUAGUUUUUUCUUAUUUUUUUAGCAGAUGAAUGACCCAGUUUCGAAAUCAUAGUUAAUAUAGUGAUGACAAACUGAAGUUGUUUGAAAUUAAAAUGAACUAUCUCAUGUACGAAUACAGCUAUCUUCCAAGUUUUUUUUCUUAACAUAUCAAAAGUAUUGUUCUUAAAUAUUAAAAUAUAAAACACGUUUGCGGAUUUUAUUUAUCGAUCUAUAUAAUUGUUUGAUCAAAAUGUCAAUAAUUAUUAUAUUAUGCGUGAAUUUUUAUCUCAUGAACAUUGUUCAAAGUUCUACAUUAACUACACCCCCGCAAUCGGCAGUGGUUGUCGCUUUUGAAGAUAUCUAUGAUUUAUCUUUAUUAGCCAAUACUUUGUCAGAUCAAGGGAUUGAUACUACAUUAAUUAUACCGGCAUCCAACGAAAAUGAAGUUUACGAAACUUUAAUUGAUGUUGAGGUACUAAUGGUGAAAGUCGAAAUUAAAGAAUCAAUGUAUUCUGAGAAGAAAACUAUUCAAAUCUGUGAAGCUUUAUUAAAAGAUGAGCAAAUAGCAAAAAAGAUACAGGAAAUUCAACCUACUUUUACUGUAUUUCCUGCAAUCAGACAUGAUGGAUGCUUAUUACCAUGGGCAAAAACUGUUGAAUCUAUUCCGGUGAUAUGGACGCGCAAUCGAGAAGAAGAGAUAUAUGUAUUUGAAUGGACUGGUGCUGCUUUAUCAGUUCAAAAUACAGGAUUUUGGACUAGGUUAUGGACGAAUAUGUCAAGAAGAUCAAUAUUUUACACAGUUCGAGACGAAUAUAUAAUAUAUGCUCUCCGGAUAGUGGGAAAAUACUUGCCACACACCGAUCUCAAUUUAGAUAAUUUAUAUGAUGAUGUUCAUCUUAUUCUUUGGGGAGCUGAUGUUAUCUUACGUUCAGAUUUUGCACCGCUCACUCAAUUGAUAGUAGAAGUUGGUUGUCAUCAUUGUAGAGGCCCACAUCCAUUGCAAAAUGAUUUACAUAAAGCAUUAAUUGAGUUUCGAUUGGGUACCAUUGUAGUACUUUUAGACGAAAAUUAUGAAACGUUAAUAAAAGAACUUGCAUGGAAAUUACCACAGGGUAAAGAAGGCCAAGCAGUUGUUUGGAAGAACAUGAAAUGGCAAAACUUAAAUGAGAAUUUGCCGGAAAAUCUUUUUAUUCAUCCGAGAAUUGAUCGGCAAGAUUUGAUAGGUUAUGGACGAACAAGAGUAGUAUUAAGUCAUUGUGCAGAUACAGAACUUUUGGAAGCUGCAUUUCAUGGAAGUCCAGUAAUAUGUUUUCCUAGAAACUCCUAUGAAGUUAAAAAUACUGCACGAGCGAUCCAAUUAGGUUUUGCACGUUCCGUUGAAGAGAUUCAUACUUUAUCCGGCGAAGAAAUAGCCAAUAUCGUGAAUCAUAUUCAUGAAACAAUGGAUUACCGUGAAAAUGCUAGAAAAGUUUCUUUAGCUAUUCGUGAUAGAAUAAAUCCUGCUGUAGAUAGGUUAAUCUAUUGGUUGCGUUAUAUGGCCAGAACUAAGGAUUGGAAUUUGUACUUUUUAAUGCCAGCCAAUUCAGUAAAAACAAUGAAUGAGGAUCUUCAAUUUUUUCUUGGCAUUUUCGUAGGAGUUAUAGUAGGAGCAUUUUCUACAAUUGGUUGUAUGUUAACAAGAUAUUUAAUUAUAUCUAAAAAAGUGCAAAGAUCAAAAGGACGAUAUACACGAUGAAAAUGUAACUGAAUCGGAAAUGAAAAAAAAAAAUGGAAUUGAUGAAAAGAUUAAUUACGAUCAUUUUUCACAUAUGUAUUUAUAUAAAUGCACGUAGAGUACAGGUACAUACAAAUACAAAUGGUACGAGCUAGGGUUUAUCUCAUUGCUAAUGAAGAGAUGUAACUAUGAGAAUACUUGAUCGAUAAGAAUGAUUGAAAAAGCUAGAAAGUACGAUAGUAGCAUGUUAUCAUUGACGAGGAGAGAAAAAUAAAUUACAAUUUAUCAAUACUGCGCUCUGUAUGUUGUCUCGUUGCACGAGUGCUCGCUCGUGUGCGUUUAUCGCUUAAAUCCUUAUAAAAGUACGGACGAAUCGGUACCUAUAAUUCAUACGAUUUUCUCUCUUCCUCUCUUUCUCGCUCGCUCGCUCGCUCUCUCUUUUAAGGCCAUGUUCCUCUAAUUAAAUCAAUUAUUUUAUUUAUGCUAUUUGAACAAAGAAUAAUUUAUUUAUGUGACGAAUAUACAAAUUGUUUCAUCCUAUAAAAUCCAACACUAAAGUUAUGUUUUCAAAUUUAUUUUUUUAGACUUUAAUCAGAUCGAUUAAUAUCAAACGUUUUUUCAUCAUGUUUUUUAUAAUGAAAAAAGAAUACAUAUAUGUGUAUAUAAAUAUAUGUUUAUAUAAUAAUUUAUAUACAAUACAAUGUCGAUUAUCCGAAUUUCAAUUACUCAA